UACUUUGUUUCUGACAGUUUGGUUGGUGUUACAAGGUGUUACAUACUAGGUUAGCCAUUCAUAUCUAAGACUCAUAUUUAUAUCGCACCGUUUGCUUCUGCAAAAAAGUCCUAGGAGUUGAAAUAUUUAUUAAAUUUUAUGAUGCCGCUACCGUUGAUAAUACCGAACGCAGUUGAACCAAUGCAAGUUGAUGCCCAACCAGAAGACAAUGAAAACAAUGAGGAAGACGCUUAUAUAGUCGAAAACUCAUCCCUUGAUCUUGAAGUGUACGCCAAUCAAUACAUUGGAUUGGCUAAGCUGCAUCGUCUCAUCUACAUUGCGGAUCACUGCCCCUCUCUCCGCUUAGAAGCACUUAAGAUGGCCAUCAAUUAUGUUACUACUACUUACAAUGUGACUUUGUACCAACAUUUGCACAAAAAACUAGCCGACAUAUCAACAGGAAGCACGUUACCGGAUGUUGCUGUUCAGUCCGGUUCCCAGGAUAUUCCUAGUUUUGAUGCAGCAUGGGUUGAAACUAAAAGUAAAAAGUCAGCUUUAAAGUUGGAGAAGUUGGACUGCGAUCUGAAAAAUUAUAAAGCCAAUUCGAUUAAGGAAAGUAUUCGUCGUGGCCACGAUGAUCUUGGAGAUCACUAUCUCAAUUGUGGCGACCUGUCGAAUGCACUGAAAUGUUAUUCACGAGCACGAGAUUACUGCACUAGCGGAAAGCAUGUAGUUAACAUGUGCCUAAAUGUCAUAAAAGUUUCAAUUUACCUGCAAAAUUGGUCUCACGUUCUAAGUUACGUUUCAAAAGCAGAGGGAACCACAGAAAUUGCGGAUACAUCUAAAGAGAAGGAUCCUAAUCAAGCCGUUGUUACUCGUUUAAAGUGUGCUGCAGGAUUAGCUGAGCUAGCUACUAGAAAAUAUAAAUCGGCUGCUAAACACUUUUUACAAGCAAAUUUUGACUUGUGUGAUUUUCCGGAAAUGAUUUCUACUAACAACGUAGCAAUGUACGGAGGAUUAUGUGCGUUGGCAACAUUUGACAGGCAGGAACUAAAGAACGUGAUUUCUAGCAGCUCGUUUAAACUUUUUCUAGAGUUGGAACCACAGCUACGCGACAUUAUAUUUAAAUUUUAUGAAUCCAAAUACGCUUCCUGUCUGAAAUUGCUGGAUGAAAUCAAAGACAACCUUCUUUUGGAUAUGUACAUAGCUCCACAUGUUAACGCACUUUAUACGCAAAUUCGAAAUCGAGCUUUAGUUCAGUACUUCAGUCCGUACAUGUCAGCAGAUAUGCGCAAAAUGGCCACUGCAUUCAAUCGGUCGGUUGGAGCACUGGAAAACGAAUUAAUGCAGCUUAUCCUGGACGGGCAGAUCCAGGCACGAAUUGAUUCACACAACAAAAUUUUAUAUGCUAAAGAUGCGGACCACCGUAGUGCAACCUUUGAAAAGGCUAUCAUUGUUGGUAAAGAGUUUCAGCGACGUUCACGCAUGCUGAUUCUUAGAGCAGCUAUGGUUAGACACCAUAUCCAUGUUAAGAAUCAGCCUCGCGAAAGUAACCAUGCUACUGAAAUUCUUCCGGCUACCGGAUCCUCUUCGUCCUUAUUAGUACGCAAUUGAUUAAAUCCAAAUGAAGAGGAGUUUUUUGCACGCUUCAGAAAGAAACUAAAUAGAGAUCCUUGAAAAUUCCGCAGUUGAUUUGUAACCCUUGUACCGAACGGCUCCCGAUGGAUAUUCAAUAUCAUAUCUUCAAGCAUAAUAUAGCAGUAAUUGAUAUGUUUUAUUCGAUAAAUUUUGAAAUAAACAAUUUUCAAAGCAA